AUGUCUCGAAAUAACGGCGCACCUCUCUUGUCGUUACAUCUCCCCGCCCCGCCUCGGCUCGGUGUUGUCGACGACGACGACAUUGCGGCCGGUGACCAUCUGAAACACAAGCGGUGGUACCACUAUCUUCCUUUAUUCUUGGCCAUCGUAAUGAUCCUCGCCCCCCACCCUUCCCUGAUUAUCGUCUUCGUCAAAUACUACUACCUCGUCCAUGGCCUCGUGUUGCGACCGCUUUUACACGGACUCGCCCUCUAUACGCUCACGUUCAUGGCAUUCUCCUCGCUCAUCGUCGUACUCGCACGCGACCCGGGACCCGUGACUGACAAGUCCCAAGGCGAGAAUGCGGACGAGGGCGAGGCAGAGAGCUUCAUGGAGGCCCUGCUCGCACCGCCAGAAGACGGGGAGGUCCAUGAACCGGGCAAGUGGUGCAAGAAGUGCAAUGCGCCCAAACCUGAGCGCGCACACCACUGUGGGACGUGCGGGCGUUGUGUCCUCAAGAUGGAUCAUCAUUGUAUGUGGCUCGGCCACAAAUGUAUAGGACACAGAACACACGCAUCAUUUGUUCACCUUCUCAUCUGCGUUACUAGCCUUGCAGUGUAUGUUGCUGCUCUGUGUGGGUCCGUCACCUGGUGGGCAUUCACUCACCCCCUCAAUAUUGAUGAAACGACACCAGUGCACGCCAUGUUCGUGGCUUUCUACGCGAUCGUGAUCUGCAUGGUCAUCGGCUCCUUCUGCAUGUACCACAUAUACCUCAUCUCGACGAACCAAACGACGCUCGAGUCCCUCUCCCCCUUCCUCCUCCUCCGCCACAUCUCCCCACUGCCCGACAACGCCGACUCGCGCAAGCUCUCGAACCCCCCGCUCGAGCACGAGCUCUCCUUCGAGCAGCGCGUCCUCGUCCGGGAGGCGCACAGGCACAUCCGCCUGUACGACGUCGGCCUCCGGAAGAACUGGGCUCAGGUGUUCGGGUGGAGCCGGCCGUGGGGGUGGGUGUACCGGCUGCUUUUGGGCGGUGGCUGUAUGGGCGACGGGAAGACGUUCCCUCGCAACCCGCGUGCGGACGAGAUGCUGAACCGCCUCGUGUCCGAGCUCGUCAGUGCUGAUAAGGACCGGUGA